CAGGACUUGGGUUCAGCGGUUCCCGGAGUCUCUGACUCGCUGCCGCGCUGACAGGCACCGAAACAUGAGCGAGUCCGCAGGAGAGGGCGCUGGUCUCCGGCACUACCCCGAGCUCCCGGUGUGGGUGGUGGAGGAUCAUCAGGAGGUUCUACCUUUUAUAUACCGAGCCAUAGGCUCCAAGCAUCUUCCUGCCAGUAAUAUAAGAUUUUUACAUUUUGACUCACAUCCAGACCUUCUUAUUCCUGUAAAUAUGCCAGCGGACACCGUUUUUGAUAAGGAAACACUCUUUGGAGAAUUGAGCAUUGAAAAUUGGAUUAUGCCUGCAGUUUAUGCUGGCCAUUUUUCCCAUGUAAUAUGGCUGCAUCCCACAUGGGCUCAGCAAAUCAGAGAGGGCAAACACUGCUUUUUGGUAGGCAAAGACACUUCUACCACAACAAUCAGGGUUACAAGUACAGAUUAUUACUUCCUCAGUGAUGGUCUUUAUGUACCUGAAGACCAACUGGAGAACCAAAAACCUUUACAAUUGGAUGUGAUUACAGUAAAGUCUUACAAACUCUGUAAUAAUCAAGAAGAAAAUGAUACAGCGUCUUCUGCUAAGAAACCAAAGUUAACACUGGAAAGUUCAGAACACACUGCAUCUACUAACUGUGACUCCCGCUCAAAAGGACUGGGGGUGGACAAAGUGCCACAGCAAAGUGGCCAAACUCUCCUAGAGCCAUCAUGUUCUUCUACUAGUCAGGAACACCAGACUACAGCCAGCCCUGGAGAAAUUCUGGAAAUUUUGAAGAAUGGGGAUGCAUUUGUUUUAGAUAUUGACUUGGAUUUUUUUUCAGUCAAAAAUCCCUUUAAGGAAAUGUUUACUCAGGAGGAGUAUAAAAUCUUACAAGAGCUAUACCAGUUUAAAAAGCCUGGCACCAGCUUAACAGAGGAAGAUUUGGUAGAUAUUGUUGAUACUCGAAUUCAUCAAUUAGAGGAUUUAGAAGCUACUUUUGCUGAUUUGUGUGAUGGUGAUGAUGAAGAAACUGUGCUGCGGUGGGCUUCAAACCCUGGAAUGGAAUCACUGGUUCCACUCGUACAGAGUUUGAAAAAACGGAUGGAAGUGCCAGACUAUGAAAUGGUUCACCAGGCUGGUCUAACCUGUGAUUAUUCAGAACUUCCUCAUCACAUCAGCACCGAACAAGAAAUAGAGUGUCUUAUUCAGUCUGUGUAUUAUUUACUAAAAAAUUUACCAAAACCUACUCUUGUGACAAUUGCAAGAUCAAGUCUGGAUGAUUACUGUCCUCCCGAGCAAGUUGACACCAUUCAAGAAAAGGUCCUCAAUGUACUACACUCCCUCUAUGGGACUCUGGACAUUCACCAUGUGUAUUCAGCAGAGUCUUCUCCAUCUUGAAACACCACUAGGCUCCUAUUACAAUUUGACAUAGUAACGGGAUUUUCACUAAUUUAUUUGUAAAUGAGACUUCCAGAGAACACUGUUUUCAUGUUUACUUUCAACUGAAAUCUUUCAGUUGAAACAAAUCUCCAAACAACUACCAUCAAUUGUUGAAUGAUUAUAAUUUUCUGGCAUCAAAUCAAAAUGGAGCUAUUGUUUAUCUUCCUUUCUUUCUAUCAUUGUCUUUAUUUUUGGUAGAUUAAUUUUUCCCUUUUUUCCCCUGAGGUCAAUUGAACUAUAUGAGAUUCAUUCUCACAUUCAUUUGUUCAUUCAACCAACUGAUAUGUACUGAGCACUUCCAUGUGCCAGACUGUAUCAAGUGCUAGAUGUAAGGUAGUGAACAGAACAGAGGAGGUUCCUGCCUUGGGAAGGCAGACAGAUGGAAAACAGAUUAUGGAUUGUACAAACUUACAAAUGAAAAAACAACUGCAAACAUGUCUUAGAGGUGCUCUUAGUACUCGGACACCCUGGCCUUAUAGAAAAGUAACAUUCUCAUAAGUACAAUCAAAAAUCAAAACAAAACAACAACAAGGAAAUCACCAAACUUGUCAGUCCAUGAAAAUAUUCCAGGAAGCCUACCUGCUCAAGGCUAUUGGUAUUGUGGCCCAGUUCUUACCAAUGAGGUCUGGUUGAGUAAAUGUGUUCCAACAAAAGUUAACUUUUUUGUUCACCUAAUCUUUCAGGGUGUUUUGUGCCUCGAGGUGGUCAUUGUGGGUAUCAAUUAUCAUUACAGUCCCCAAAUGCUAUUUUAUUGGUAAUCUGGAUUGAUAAUUUUUCAGAUAAACCCACUUUUUAUGUAAAUAGUAGUGGAAAACAUUAAAUCUUUAAUUCUGAAUUGCCAUGAAUACCACAGACCUAAUGGCCUCACAUCUACUGCCUCAUGAAUAAGACACCCUUCCUGAGUCACUUUUCAUGGAACUUUUUACUUUCUCAAUUUGCCAAAGUUCUCAGCUCUUUUAAAUUCCUUUUCUUCAGUAAUUAUUUUUAACUAUCUAUUUGACUUCUUUUCCAGGAAAAGGUAAGACGGCUUUUUAAGACAAAAAACACCCGUCAUCCAUCAUCCUCACACAGCAGUUGUCAUUUGCAUGCACUUUCCGGGCCUUGCCCACGUGUGUACCUGCAGAGCUGUGUGUAGCUAAAAUUGUUACUUUGCAGCUAAUAUUUGACGACUCAUUAACAUUGCCUCUCAAUAGGUGGCAUCAGAUCCCAUUUUUCCAGUGAUUGCAUUUUCCAGUGAAUUUUUUUUUUAUCUCUGGGUGGUUUUCCCAAGUCUGAUAGUAGUGAAUGCAUAUUUGUGUUGUGAAAAGCAAAACAAAUUGACCCACCUUUCUAUUUUGAUAGAAUAGCAUGUGCCAGAAAGGUCUAUUUUCUCUGUAAAAUCAGAAUUGCAAAGUUGUGCUAUUUAUUUUUAAAGUUGGAAAAUUUUGGCAGGGCAUGGUGGCUCAUGCCUAUAAUCCCAAUACCAUGGGAGACUGAGGUAAGUGCUUGAUUGCUUGAACUCAGGAGUUCAAGACCAGCCUGAGCAAGAGGGAGAUCCCGUCUCUACUAAAAAUAGAAAACUGAGGCAAAAGGUUCUCUUGAACCCAAGAGUCUAAGUUUGCUGUGAGCUAUGAUAAUGCCAUGACACUCUACCCAGGGUGACAGAGUAAGACUCUGUCUCAAAGAAAAAUAAAAACAAAAAGAAAGAAAAUUUUCUGUUAGAGUUAUAUAAAUAGAUAUUACUUUUAUGAACGAAUUAUUUUGUGUGCUAAAAGAAGUUAAAAGGUGUGUUUUAAGGUUUUGAAGAUUUUAAAUCAAACUCUAGCAUUAUUUAAUUGUAUAUCAUGUCAGGGUAUUAUUUGAUUUGUAGUCAUUUAUCAUGAUUCCCCUGAACUCUGGUGUUAUUCAUCAUUGUUUUAACUCAAAUUAAAUAAAGCAGCAUCAUUUUCCUUUAUAAGAACAUUAAGAUUCUUUAAUUCUCAUGCUCUGUGAUCAACUCCUUGAAGAAUAAAAUUGAGACCCUACAUGUUGAAUAGAAUCAAGUUAACAUAAUAAAUCAUGUCUCUCCCUUCCAAUAUUUAGUUGAUCAAGAUAUUCUCAAUUUGUCUUCUCAGCACCAGUGAGGGCCCUCCACAGUGCAGUGUGGAUUAUGUGCAGGUGGUAUUAGAGAAUGGGAUUCCAGCAGCUUUUGAAAAAUGUGACUUAAAUGUAAAAAUAGACCCCAGUUUUUAUUUCCUGGUAUCUAGGAGGAAAUCAUUUUAAGUCCAACAUGUGAUAACACAUACCUUUUUUUUUUUUUAACUCUAUCGCCCAGGCUAGAGUGCCCUGGUAUCAUCAUAGCUCAUAGCAACCUCAAACUCCUGGGCUCAAGCCAUCCUCCUGCCUCAGCCUCCCCAGUAUCUGAAACUAUAGGCACUCACCCCACACACGGCUAAUUUUUUAACUUUUGUAGAGCUAGGGUCUCACUAUGUUGUCUAGACUGGUCUCAAACUUCUGCCUCAAGCUAUCCUCCUGUCUUGGCCUCCCACUAGGAUUACAGGCAUGACCACUGUGCCCAGCCAAUUCAUGCCCUUUUGACUGACAGUUUUAUAUCUUUUUGGAAAUAUUUGCUGUAGAUAUCUGUCAUAUGUGUUUCGGGUUCUCAAGGAUUUCUUCCCCAGUGUCCUUUGCUCGGUGUAUGAUAAUCUGUCCCGAACUUGGCUUUGUUUUAUAAAGCACCGAUGCUCUUGGAUACCUGGCAAUAGAUCUAUUGUACUGACAGUAGUUUAUAGUCAGUGAUCGAAGUCUUAGUACAAGAUUCACUUAGCAUACACCUCAAGAGAAAGUACUUCCAUGAAACUGAAGCAGUUUUUGUUGUGUAUCUUUCAGAAACAGUUGAUAUACGACCUUGCCUUCUACAGUAUACUGAUAGCUUGGUGAGCAUAUUGUCAUUUUUUUGUUAUAUAUAUUUAAAGUAUACAACAUGUUUUGAUAUCUGCUGAUGUAGUGAAGGGUUAUUAUGGUCAAGUAAAUCAAUAUAUCCAUC